AUGUAUAUAGAGCUGGCAAAGAUUCUCCAGAAGAGGUACGUCAAUAUAGCGUGCGUCCAGGAGACUAGGUGGGUAGGAUCAAAGGCAAGAGAUGCGGACGAGUAUAAGCUGUGGUACUAUGGAGUCUUGAAAAGUAAGAAUAUAGUGGGUAUUUUGGUGGAUAGGGAUCUUAGAGAAUCGGUGGUAGAGGUGAGGCGGGUGAAAUUAAUGGCUAUCAAGUUAGUACUCGGAGAGUACACCCUCAAUGUCGUUAGUGCUUACGCGCUGCAAACGAACUUAGAUGAGGAGGUUAAAAGGAGCUUUUGGGAGGGAUUGGAUGAGAUUGUGCGUAGUAUUUCGCCUGCUGAGAGCGAGGUGCAUGGAGGCUUCAGUUUUGGGGAUAGGAACAGAAGAGGUACUUCGCUGUUGGAUUUCGCUAAGGCUUUUGAGCUGGUGAUUGCAAACUCUAUUUUUCCAAAGAGGGAGGAGUAUCUGGUUACUUUCCAGAGUGCGGCAGCGAGAGAAAGGAAGUCUCGAAAUCUGGACCAGGUGAGGUGCAUCAAAGACGAGGACGGUAGAGUAUUGGAGGGAGAUGAUAAGAUUAAGAGGAGAUGA